GAAUCGAGCCCCUGAAGAUUCCAGGAUUUCUCUCUAUCCCAAUAGCCAAUCAAUACGCUUAGCAAUGGCGCUUUUCAAAUACAUUUAUAGUUUAACUUCAUUAAUACAAAAUGAGUUUGAUAACCUACAUGUAUAAAUAUUGUAAUAAAUUUGUAUAAAAUAAAAACAAAGUAUAAGUUUCUUUGUGAUUCGGCAUAUUUCUACAGCAUGACAGAUUGAGAAAAAAUAAACUUGUCCAGAUUAUUCGAGAUACUUUAGUAUACGUAAGCAUGACGAAAGAUUUUAUCUGAUUUUAUUACUUCAUCAAUCAUCAGCAUUGCUUUGCAUACAUUAUUUUAAUAAGUUAUUAGUUUCUCAUUAAAAAAAAAAGCAGAAAAAAUAAUGGAAAAUGCAUGAAAUAAAUAUAACGUUUAUACGUAAAAACAAUUAAAUUAUUAAUCUAUUGCUCCUUUAAUAGUAAAUUAUUAUGCUUUUCGGUUGUAGCUAGUAUAUGUACGUUUCUUUUUGGGAUAACUGACUCACAUAGCCACGUAAUCCUGUUCGAUUUAGAUAGAGUAAAAUCACGACGAAAUUCGAGUUUAUCGUAUAUUACGGACAUUCACGUAGAUAUCGUAUACCAUGUGUACAUGUUUCUUAGAAUGAUAGUUCAAGAGAAAUCUGUGAUGUAUAUCGUAGCAAGUUAGCAAAUUGUUCACAGUUAUAAAUACCUGUAUGAUUUCAUGUUUAACCUUUGGACUUUCAUCAGAAUCACAGCAUCACUAUUCAGUUUAAAUUAAAUGAGCUAUUGAACGAGUUGAUGCAGAAUUGUGCACUUGUCGUUUGUAGAGUUUUGACAUACAUACAGUACAAUUGUGUGCCAUAGAUAUAUUUAUUUUAGUAUGUUUAUAUAUACACAAAGAUUUACAACUUGUGUCUUGAGAACGAGAUCGUGUACAAAGUUGGUGAAAGCACUGUACAGUAAAUCUGUUCAAUAUGAAGUUAAGGAAGUGGAAAUUCCAGUGCCUUGGGGCAAGGUAGCUGGCAAGUUAUGGGGCUCACAGAAUAAGCAACCUAUUCUUGCUAUGCAUGGCUGGCAAGAUAAUGCUGCGUCAUUUGAUAAUAUAGCUCCUCUUAUCAUGAAAAAUACACCAGUCCUGGCGAUUGAUUUACCUGGACAUGGACUAUCCUCAUGGUUACCACCAGGAUUUAUGUACAUGGAAUUAGAAUAUCUCUUAUUAAUGAGAAGAAUUAAAAAUCAUUUUGGAUGGGAACAGAUAAAAAUAUUGGCUCAUUCCUUGAGUAGUAUGACGACGUAUUGGUAUGCGGCGUGUUUUCCAACAGAGCUGCAGUAUGUUAUAACCCUGGAUGUAUUCAAAUUUCCAUCUUUUAAUGCACAAUCGCAUGUAGGUUACUUUGCGAAUACAAUUGAUGCAUUCUUUAAAGUUAGUGAAAAAAAAGCUGUACAACCUACUUACAAGACGCAAAGUGAGAUUAUAAAGAAAGCAUCUGAAAGCUUCAUAAAGUUGGAUGAAUCGUCCCUCAAAAUACUUAUGACUAGAGGUACUACACAAAAGGAAGAUGGAACAUAUGUUAUUAACAGGGAUCCCAGAUUGCGGAUUGCACCCAUUCACAGUGUAUUUUCGCAAGAUCAACUAGAAGAAUAUGCGAAGCUCAUAAAGUGCCCAUAUUUAAUAAUAAAAGGAGAUGAAAAUUUCUUUGCUGGGGAAGAGAAAGAAAAUUUUUAUAGAGCACUGGAGAUACUGAAAGCUGCUAAUGACAAAGUGCAAUUUGAAACUAUACCAGCAACACAUCAUCUUCAUCUUACGCAUGCGGAGAGUACAGCAGCGAUUAUUAUUCCCUUUUUAGAAAAGAACUGUAGAAAGAAGUACAUAGUAGUACGUAGUAACUAUAUGUACAAAUAGUACAAGAGACAGUCGAACUAUCACCAGAAUCAUUCACUCAUGUUCAAAUGCGGUAUGUAUUAAUGAUUUGAAUCUGAACGCUUAUUUUGUUGAACAAUGAAUAAAAGGCACUGGCAAGAA